CAAAUUUUUGCUGAAAAGUGCGAAAGUAAAAGCUGCCAAACUAUCAAUAUUAAGAAACAAACUCAAUUUUCGACGAUUUCAACGAAAUACUAAUAACAGAAUACAAUAUGUUGCUGUUCGACUUACUCGACUACAAGAAACUAGCUAUGUCGGAUUGAUAGUGAAUGCACAGAGUUGCUAGCCAUUCAUUUCGUUCUACAAGCGAGCUGUCAUUUCAGCAAUCUAAGCACCACAAAUAUAUUGUGCAUUACUUGAUUCCCUGCGACGUUUUUCCGUAAAUUGCUAAUAAAAUAAACAAAAGCGUUUUAAAGUGCGAAUUAUAUAAAAUUAAACUGGUGAUAAUGUGCUCGAAAUUCGGGGCAAGCACUACCAAAUUGGAAUUGCCAAUGCAGAUGGUGUACUGUGAAUAAUUUGCACUGAUUGAUAUGAAGAUAUUAUGAACACACAUACAAACUAACUACAGUGUUGACGCAUAGCUUUCUAUCAAAACGACAGUUUGGCUGCCAUUAAAAUAUAUAGGAAACUCAAAAAAGUAAAUACACCUUUGGAAAAUGGAUUGGCGGCAUUCGGAAAUUUUAAAACUAAUAUAUUCAUAUAGACAGUAUGAGUGCCUAUGGAACUGUCAUAUUCCAGAUUAUAAACAACAAGAUUUGCGGAAGAGUUCAUGGAUAGAACUUUCAAAACAGUUCAAUAAAGAUGUUGAUGAAAUUAAAAAAAAAAUUAAACAUUUACGCACCUGCUACAUUGUGGAAAAGAAAAAGGUGGAAAGUAGAUUGGAUAUAAAUGGUGAACCGACAUAUGAACCACAUUUGUAUUAUUAUAAUCAAAUGACCUUUUUGGAUCCUGUCGUGAUUUUGAGGAAUCAGCUUCAAAAUGAGGAUCCGUUAACGGAACACAAAACUAGACCUUCUGUACAAGAUAGAAUCGUGGUAGCUCCAAAGAGACAACGUUCGAAUUCUUCUGAUUUUUCGGAAGAGUCGUUUCAACUAGAAACAGAGCCUCCUAAAAGACGCCCAGAUUCCGUUGAUUUUUCUCCAAAGUCUUCGCCACAAAUAGAGCCAAAAGUUUCUAUAAGACGUUUAGUUGUCAACGAUACCCCAAGACAGGUGCCACAAAGAGUGACACCAACACCAAGGAAAAAAACGUUAAGCAAAGAAGACACAUUUUGUGCAAUGCUUUGCAGCGAGCUUAAGCUACUAAAAUCUGAAGAAACUUAUGAUAAUGUGACUUCAGAGAUUUUCUCAGCAGUGAAAAAUGCUAAAAUUUCAGAUCGUCAAAUAGAAUAUCAACUCGAAGACGAUUGCAAAAAUCUUAUCAGAAGAACGUAAUCUAAGUUAAUUUAAGUAGGACAGCUUUUUAGAGUACAUAUAAAAAAAAAAACUUUUGAAACAGAAUACCAUUAGCGCUUCCGCAUCCACUUUCCCAUACUCGCAAUAUUUCAAGAGGUAUAAAUUUAUAAUUGCCUCUCUUCGAUAAUCGAUACAAAUAUUGUUAUAGUAUUAAAUAUUUGAUGUACACCCGACUAGCUUCCGAAGAUGUGAUUUCAGUCGAAUUAUUCUCAGCUUUUUUUAUUCCCCAAAACACUAGGUCUGAGUUUUUGCAACCCCUCUAAAAUACUCUAGAUACGCACUCAUAUCAAAAAACAAACUGCUAAUUUGGAUUCUUUUUUUUGUUUCUUCUUUUUUUUAUAAGAUAUAAAUUUUGUAAUAAAACGGAAUGACUUAUUACAUACAAUUAAGUUAAAAAAAUUGUCUUUGUACAUGCAGUAAAUUAUAAGUAAUAAUAGUUUAAUGGUAAAAAUAAUAAUGGUAGU